UGCUGGAGAAAGCUUUGCGCAGCAGUCAGACUCUACCAUCAUCAAUGUAAUUCAAAGAAAUAAUUUAAAGACCGAUAUAACCAGGAACUUCAUGUCCUUGAAGAACAUGUGUAAACCACAACUGUAUAUUUUAAAUGUCCAAGAUAAUUUUACAGUGCAUGUUUAAUAUCACAGUGUACUUCUAAAUUGCCACAUGCUGACACACAUCUAAUUACUGUACAUGGAAACUUUGUUAUAACCGUUAACUGUAGCAUUGAUUCCCAGAGAUGUGUGCUGAGCAGGGGCGUCGCCUGGCCUGGUUCUGAGGUCAGUCUCACUGUUCCAACCUAGAGGUGUGUCUUCAAAUGUUAUGAAGUAGUAUAAAGUAAGUGUUUAGAAGGCUUAGGAGAGUGCUGUUCUCUCGUUUUUCUGUCUGUGUUGCUGAACAUUUUCUACUCUUUCAAGAAAUGUUUGUUAUAUGUAGUGGCUUAUUUAAAACAUAAGAACAGUGCUAUCUAUAACAAUUACUGUAUGAAAUUGAUCUAUCCGUAAUAUAAUACAAACAGCUUAUGGCAGUUUCUAAUGGAAGCACAGUCGAGCUACUUUAUAUACAUCAACAACUCUUUAAUGUUUCAUUUAAUGAGGGACCUAUCACAAAACUUACUGUUGUGAUGUUAAUUUUUUUGUUUUUUAUAUAUCUGAAUAUGAUUAUGUUAUAUUCUCUUAUGAGUAAGCGUGUUUUUAUAGAGACUCCACGCUACAUUCUUUUUGCUCACAUGCUUCUCAAUGACUCCAUUCAUCUUUUAUUCACUGCUGUGCUGUACUGUGUUGGGCUGGCCUUGCUCAAGUUAGUCAUAGUAGCAUGCGCUUUAACAGUUUUUGUAUCAAGUACUACUUUCCGUAAUGCACCUUUAAACCUGGCUGUAAUGUCAUUAGAGCGUUACAUAGCCAUAUGUUUUCCUCUUAGACAUGCUGAAAUAGCCACUCGAAAAAGGACGUAUCUUGCCAUUGUGUUUAUCUGGAGUAUUGGUUCUUUAAAUUUCAUGAUUGAUUUGUUUUAUAGAAUAGUGAUGGACCCUAACAUUUUAACAACACAAAUAUUUUGCACAAGGGAAACUUUGUUCAUAAAAGCAUGGCAAUUAGAUGUAUUCAGUGCUUUGAAUAUACUGUACUUUGUGGGAGUGUCGCUGAUCAUCAUCUUCACCUAUAUCAGCAUUAUGAUCUCAGCCAGGUCUGUGUCCUCCAACAAAGACUCUGCUACGAAAGCCCACAGGACUGUGCUGCUGCACUUUGUUCAGCUGGGCCUGUGCCUUACAGCAUUUCUGUAUAGUGCCAUCGAGCGUGCUGCAGCCAUGCUGGGCAACAGCUCUCUGUACUUGGAUGUGCGCUACAUGGCAUUUCUUUUUAUCCUGGCUGUGCCCCGUUGCAUGAGUCCACUCAUCUAUGGGUUGAGAGACAAUGCCCUGAAACCUUUGUUCAUUUAUUACUUUCGAUGUGGCUCUGGCAGAGUCAAGCCAAUUGUAAAUGUACACUGAAUCACUUAAUUUAACUGAUAGGAAAGAAGUGUAGCUGUGUUACAUAGUUCAUUGUUUUAUUUUUGUUUGUUGUUUGUCUGUCAAAUACAGUACAAAAUUCAAUCUAGUUGCCAAGAUUGUAAUUACUGACAGUAGUACAGAUGUACUGAUGUUUUCUUGGUGUUUUUUGAAUAAAGGUUUUGGAGUGGCCUAGUCCAAUUGAGAUGCUGUGGAUGUUCUUAAACAGGAGGUGCACACUUAAAACCCCAUCAAAUGCUCAUUGCCAGUUAUCGGUAAAGCUUGAUUACAAUUGUUGCCGCCAAGGAUGGCACA